UAGCAAAAACAAAAGUAAUUUAAAAGUGAAUUGAAACAAACGUGUAAACGGAACGUCUCAAAAAUUGGGUGCCCGAGUGUAUGUGCAAUGCGAUACGUUGAUACGUUUCCAUUUAAAUAAAUAAGCCGCUCUAAAACCUCGAUAUAGCUUUUGAGCACAAUAGUUGCAACUUUGGCAAAAUGCAGCGGAAAACUCACAAAUAAAUGCGUUUAAUUACAAAACAGUGACAUUUGCCAUGACAAACAAACAAACAGCGCAAACGCAGCAAACAAAAGCGCAUUCCUUGGAUAGCAAAGUGCAGCGAGCUCGCGAUUUUUGUCAAAUUUGAAACAACGCGCACAAAAUGCUGCUGAUGCCAACAUCAUGUGGCCCGGGGCCACCAGCGGCAGCAGCUGGCGGAGCACACGCUGCUGAACUUUGUCUAGCAGCCCGCAGCAGCACUUCAGCCCCUAAGCUGACCCAGACCCAGACCCGGCACACGGCAUCGGUCAUGCCCAAAUGGCUGCUAAUGUUGCUGAUGCUUUUUGCCAUUCUGGCAGCGACGCCGCAGCGUCAAGUGGCCGCCGAGAAGAGCAAACACUAUUAUAUGCAAUCGCUAUGCAAGAAUCAUUUUCUGCAGCAACUUUAUCGCAAGAUCGACGGCGCUGUGCUCUGGUCGCAGAACGAGCGCAACUUGGACUGCGUGAUCACCUUCCAGACGCACUCGAUCCUGCAGCGCUUCAUGCUGCGCUUCGACAUGCUCCAGCUGGACUGCAAUGAUCAUUUGCUUGUCUACGAUGGAGCGCAUGCCGUAUCAACGCCCAAGAUUGACAUCUCCUGUCGCAACACCAAGAACACUGUCAAUGCGAUUUUGACGCGCACGAAUUUCGUGACUCUGAAGUACGUGACCGACGGCUGGGGCACAGAUGCGAACGGUUUCAAGCUGGUCAUAACAUCGGUGAAGGAUCCAAAGCACACUUGCAAGGACUUUACGUGCGCGACACGCGAGUUCUGCAUUGAUCCCGAUCUGCUGUGCGAUGGCGUCAAUCACUGUGGCGACAACUCGGACGAGUCCGUGCAGAACCUCUGCCAGAGUGAAACAUCGAGCACUGUGCUGGGCCUGGACAUGACCUGGUUCGUGCUGGUGGUGGUCGGAGUGCUGCUGGUGCUCAGCGCCAUCAUUGUGGCCAUUGCAAUCUGCGUGUGUCGACGCCAGGAUGAGAAUGCCGCCAACCAGAACACCAAUCUCCAGCUGCAAGUGCAUCACAAUGCGGAGACGAAUGGCUCGUCGAAGCAUCUGCACUACCAUGGCGUGGGCAUGGGCAUGGGCAUCGGCGUCGGCGGCACGCUGACGCGGGAGCACACACAACUGCCGCCAGUGUCGGGAAACUGGCAUCACCCUGCGGGACCAUCCGGGUACCACCGCAUUCCACACAACUACUUGAAGAUGGCCACCAAAGUCCGUCCCAUUUGGUGCUUGGCAAAUUCCGUCAAUUAGGUCAAGAUCUUUCGCAAAACUCGGCCGGCCUCAGCCAGACGAACAUCUCCAUUGCUGGCAAUCAUCAGAAUGCCAACAAUGCUGGCAGCGCUGCCCAGAAGGACGAGUGGUUCGUUUAAGACGAGCCACCGAACCAACCAACCAACCAACUACGAAAGAAAGAACAAGAACAAUUGACUUGAGCACAAUAAUCUGCACUUAAUUAAGUGAUUUUAUGGACAUUUGCAGAGCAUUAAAUGAAGACUGUUUGACUAUAUGUGUAACAACCAACAAAUAUUGUGGACAUCACCGCGCAGGGUGUAUAUUUAAGAGAUCUACUUGUACCCAGUCAGCAUCUCGACAGCGUUGGCCAAGGUGUGCGCCAAUCUUUGGGCGCCCACCUUGUCGGAUAUCCAAUGCAGCUGUACAUACUUUUAUAUAUAUGAAAUAAUUAACAAUUAAUUUACAAUUAAUGCAAUUAGCUAAACAGCCAGAAGUGAAUUCUGAAUCCGCAUCCGAAUCCAAAUCCGAUUCCGAUUACCCAGUUAACAGUUAAUACGACACUCAGUUAGUUCAUAGGUAUCCCAAGUGGGAUUGUCUAGCCUAGUCCAGCCAUAAGAGCCAGCAGCAAUACCAAAGUCCUUGCAAUUAAGUUCAAUGCAUUUCUUAAAUCUAAUUUCCAUAAUUUGUUUAACUAAAGUAACGGAACCACAAAUCGAAGCAUCAGAAAUGAAACAAACAAUCGAUGGCAUUUAUAUGAAGUAUUUUUUUGAAGCAGACAUACCUAUACAUAUAACAACGACGAUAUGUAAACCGCAUCAAGUAUUAAAGCUCAAACUUCCAGAACUUAUACUGAAUUCUAAUAUAUAUAAAACCCAUGGACACAAGCAAGAACAACAUAAACAAGGGAUGUAUAUAAGGUAGUAGACAAUAUUGUAACUAAAUGCAACACAACUUUAAUGAAUCAUUCUCACAGUUCUCAUUGUCAUUGUCCAUUGUGUGAACUAUCCUAGAACGAGAUAGAACUCAUUUCAUCGUCCACAGCACUUCUCACUCACUUCUCAUUAGAUACGAUGACAAAUUUCUGAGACAUUAAGGACAAUACAAAACAUGUUUUUGCUUUUUGACUAACAAAUUUAACUGUUUUUGACGUAAAUAUGGUACUUACUAACCAAAUGGAGAGAUGCAUUCGAUAUUCUGCAAUCAACCAAAAGAAUAAAUACAAAUAAACUUUAAAUGUAAUGAACAAUUUUCUGCAAUUUUGCAUACUCAUAUUAAAACUAAAACGAAACACAUACAGAGUUAAAACUAAACGGAAACAAUUUAAAAAUAACAAAACACAAAAAAAAAUGCUUCAAAAAGAUUGUAGUACU